AUGUCCUCCUUUUUGACACCAGCCAAGAAGCCCGCGGGCUCAGCUGCGUCCAAAUCUCGGUUUUCUCGCCCCAAUCCCGUUCGUGCAAUCCGUGAACGUGAGGAGCGCCGGGCCAAUGCCGCUGCUUCAUCACGAUCCUCGCAGUUUGCUUACCCCUCCAACAACACAGCUGCCUCGCUUGCUGUCCCAUCACGAGGCCAGUGUUCCAACAAGGCCUGUCGGAAGCCCAAUGUCGUCGACGGUACCUGUCAGACCUGUGGUCGUGUUGCUGACGACAGUAACAUCGUUGCCGAGGUGCAGUUUGGUGAAACCUCCUCUGGUGCUGCCAUGGUCCAGGGUUCUUUUGUUGCAGCAGACCAGGCUGGUGUUCGCAGCAUGGGCCCGUCCUUUAGAAGAGUCGGUGGCUCAGAAGAUCGUGAGAAGAGCAUCCGCGAGGCCAAGGGUCUGAUGCAAGGUUAUGCUCAGCAGCUCAACGUCGGCGAGAGCUUCGUUACAUACGGCACUCAGGUUUUCAAGCUCGCCUCGAGCGCCAACUUUAUUCAAGGUCGUACACUGACGAGUGUUGCUGCUGUUUGUCUUUAUGCAGCCUGCCGCGCUGAACCGCCGUGCAAGGUCAUGUUGAUUGAUCUUGCUGAUUUGGUUCAGCUGAACGUUUUCAAACUGGGCCGCAUCUUCAAGAAGCUCAACGAAGUGGUUCCAAUCGGCAAUGACGGCUUGAUCCCUGUCUACCCCGAGGAUCUGAUCUGGAGAUUCGCCACCAAGAUGGAGUUUCAUCAGGAGACAGCUCGUGUAGCUGAGGAUGCCGUACGCCUGGUCAAGCGCAUGAGCCGUGACUGGAUGGUCAUGGGUCGUCGCCCGUCUGGCAUCUGCGGAGCCUGUCUCCUUAUGGCUGCCCGCAUGCACAAUUUCCGUCGCACUGUCCGGGAGGUCGUCUAUAUUGUCAAAGUGACAAAUCAUACCAUCCAGAACCGUUUAGCCGAGUUCAAAGUGACAGAGUCCAGUCGCAUGUCGGUGGAGGACUUUUUGAAACAGGAUUUUUUGGAAACAUCACACGAUCCCCCAUCAUUCUAUCGCAAGACGGAUGAGUAUAGAAAGCUCGCUGAGGAGCGGUCUCGCAAGCGAAAGAGAUUAACAAACGACGACGGCGCUGAUGAUGACGAAGGUAAUGAUUCAACAGGACGCCCUGCAGAAGGCCUAGGCAGGCAACGCCGGCGGUCAGACGCAGGCGGCGCUGAUCUUUCAAAGGCUCCAGUCAUCGAGUAUCGACGUGAUGAGGAAGGGUUCAUCAUCCCCCCACUUCCAUCACAGAUCCCAAAAGAUAGUGAAAAUCGCGAUGUAGCGGGAGAGAAUCUGUCGGGGAAUUUGGACCAGCUCGCACGAGAACACGGCGACGUAGAAAAGGGAUUGGACGAGGAUAGUCAACAAGAGAGUGGCCGCAGGCGAUCGCAAUUGCCGAUCAAUGAGGAGUGGGAGCAGGAUGAGGAAGAGCUUGAGGGCCAGAUUGAGGAGAUCUUCAACGAUCCUCUCACCUAUGAGCACGCCCUGGCCUACUCGAAUGCCGAGCAAAGAGCGCGCAUCCAUACUCACUGGGCUCUCAAGCAACGGCCCCAAAAGGAGGUUUCCAUGUCAGCUGACAUUGAUGAGGAUGAAUUUGCAGACGAUCCCGAAGUCAUCAACUGCUUGCUCUCCCCGGAGGAGGCGCGGAUCAAGGAGACGAUUUGGGUCAAUCAGAAUAAGGAGUGGCUCCGACAGCAUCAAGAGAAGGUCUUCCGUCGAAAAAUCGAGGCCGACCGACCUAAACAGACUCGUCGACGAAGAAAGCGAGCGAGAAUGGGCGAAGGCCAAACCAGUCCGGCCAGCUCUGCAGCAGAAGCCGCUAUUAACGUUGCCAAGGACCGAGCUUGGUCCAAACGAAUCAAUUACGAUGCCAUCCGCAGCAUUUUUGAUAACCCCAACGGUGGCGGGCUUGGAUCGGAAGCGACCAGUCGCAAGACAAGUAUGGCUGGCAGUACCCUUGGCGUUGCCGAAGACGAUGACGCACCAGAGCAAGAAAGUGUGGCUGGAGACUACCAGGAGGAAGAGGAAACUUAUGACUACGACGAGACUCAAGAGUACGAGGCAGGCCAUGGAGACGAGGAGUUUGCUGGCGGAGACGAGUUCAACGGGGGAUAUGAGGACGAUGACAAUCCUGACAUGGAUGCCGAGUAUGGGCUGGAGGAGGAUGAGUACCGAUAA